AUGCAGUCCUUCCGUGAGCGCAGUGGUGGUUACCACAGCAACCAACCCUGCUACCAGCAAGAGCCCCAUGAGCUAUCCCGCCUAGAGACCUACCGGCAACACCCACACCACCCUCAGCCACAGCACCCGCACCCAGGCCCGGGUCCCCAUCCAGGCCCAGGCCCUGGGCACACCAGGCAAGGCUAUGAUGCCCACCAGCUGGCUACUCAGACAGGCAUAUCCCAAGCUGGAGGACCAGGGUCUGGAGGAGGACCGAAGGACUUUUACAGCCAGCAAGCCUAUCCUGGCUACACAGGCAGUAGUGGGGGGAACGGAGGUGGAAAUGGGGUAUCAGCACCCCUUCAGGCAAAGAAGCCUUACCGAGGGAGCAAAGUGCCUCCUCCACCCUCUAGCCAACACCUGCAGGGCCCUGGAGGUUAUAGUAACCACAUGGGCCCUGGGAAUUACUCAGCUCAGUAUAUGAGUGAGGGCCAUCUCCAGCAGAAGUGGGAAGACCCAGGCCAGCUUGGUCAGUAUGACCAGGAGAUGGUGGGACGUAUGGAGCCUGCCGGUCCCCAUACCCCUGGCUCAUCCCAGUAUAUGGACCAGAACAUGUUAGGUCACUCCCAAGGCCAGUGCCACCAGCCCUCCACUCCAGCCUACACUAGCCCCCACCAUCAGACGCACCCACCCAACCCUGCCCCCUCUCCACUCAUGUAUCCCCAGAGCCACCUCCACUACCCACAGCACUCACCCUCUCCCUCUCCCCACUACAUGGAGAAGUGCAGCCCCAUGCCCCACUGCUACAAAGGCUAUAACAUGCCCCCCACCUCCCAGUAUGCCAGACAAAUUAGUGGCCACAGCAGCCUGAAGCAGGGGAGUUACAGGUCCACUCAGAACAGUUACGGCUACCAACAGCCUCCCACCAGGGCUUAUGAGCAACAGCCCUCCUUACAGGCCAUGCCUAACCCCCAGGAGCCCCACCCCAAAUAUCAACACUACAACCAGCCCCAGCAAAACUACUGCCUGUCAGAGCUGUCAGUAAGAUCACCAGAACAGUACUACCAGACCUGUAGCCCUUCCUCCAGCCACUCACCUGCUAGAUCAGUUGGCCGCUCCCCAUCUUAUAGCUCCACCCCCUCGCCAUUAAUGACAAAUCCAGAAUCUUUUCAGUACGGCCAACCUCCCAUGACCCCAGGGGCAGCCUCUUCAUCCUCAUCCUCCUCGGCAGGCAUACAGGAGCAAAGUAGUGCAACCACCAUGCUGAUGCCCCCACGUUCACACCCCUCACCUAAUGUGCCCCAUGGGGCUCCACACAGCUACACCUCCACUUCACAGGGGCCUACAAUGAAGGAACGCUUCUCAGAGAAGCUGCUGUCCAACCCUAGCUUGUGGAGUUUGAACGCCCUCACCUCUCAGGUGGAGAACAUCUCCAACAAUGUCCAGCAGCUGCUGCUCUCCGAGGCCCUGGUGGCCAACAAGAAAGGCAGCAAGCGCAGCAGUGGGGGGAGUAACAGCAGUGCUGGCAGCGGGGCUUCCAUUAAAAAGGGGGAGGAGUACAAAAGCCCUCCUUACCAAGAAGGAGGGGGCAGUGGUAUUGGUGUGGGACCAUUGCAGGACCCUUACUCAACUCCACAACACCAGCCACUGCCCAUGGAGCUCCAUGAAGGAGGCUACUCCAGCAGCAGCGAUGAGCAACUGGAGAGGAGCUAUUACUAUUGCGGGCAGGGCAGAAGUCCCGCCCAGGCCCCUAACAACACCCACCUCAGCUUGGAUACAGCCUCCUCCUGCUCCAUGACAUCUCCAGAUGAUAUGUCCACUAGGUCUGGGGACUCUGGCCUCCACAACAUGACCCCUGACCCCAGGUCUCAGUCAGGACAGGGUGGAGAUGGCAUGAACACUCCCGUGAAGAGCAUAGGGGAUGAGAGGUCUCCCACCAGCAUCACCAUCCCCAGCCCAAUGAAACAAGAGAGAGACUCCCCUCCAGAUAUCCAACGAAUCAGUGAACCUGUUAAAGAGAACUUUGAAGAAUCUGCCUGGACAGAGAAAACACCUGAUGAAGAAGAAACAACAUUAAAAAAGACUCCAAUCCAAGAGAAAGACAUGGUCACAAUGAGCUCUCCUGAAAAGCUGGAUAAAUGGUCAGAGGACGAGAAGGGCCUGGCUCUCUACAGCAAAAUAAGCAAAGGGGUGACAGAGAGGAGCUACUGCUUUGAGGAAACAGUAUACCAAGGGGUCCAGAGUAAAUAUGACUCUGACACAAGAGACUCAGUGGAACAGUCUCCCACAGCUCUCUCCGACUCCAGCCACAAGGGACAUAUGGGCCAAGAGUUGAAAUCAGAGGCCUUCAAAUCUGAAUCUCCCACUGCCUCAGAGAGCUCGAUGAAAACAUCGCCUUUCAUUUCAAGGGGUGACCUUGAACAGGAUCAAUAUUCCACAGAAAAGGAGGACAGCUCAGAGAACACCUCACCAACCUCCCGCUGUGAGGCUUUGGAUGAGAGGGACUCAGAGAGGAGAGAGAGCAGAGAAAAGGAGGAGGAGGAGGAGGAGGUGGCUGAUGAGGAGGAGGAAGAAGAAAUACAACAAGAACUGCUGCAACACUCUCUAUGCCCUCCUCUGACUGCAGAGGUGAGGGAGGGAGUGGGGGAGGGGAAGAGUGUGAAACAGCCAUCGACUGAGGAGAGCAUUAAUAAUAGAGAGGGGCCAGAGAGGCUUUCUGGAGAUCUCUGCAGCAGGACAGUGAGCCAGUGCACUGAGUUUCACACUGACUCUGAUCCUGCAGGGACAGCUGUGCAUCCAGAUGUUGCAGUGGCAACAGUGACGGCAGAUGUUUCUGAAAAAGGGAUGGUGAUCGGUGACACAACUCUUCAGCUACAGUCCACUAUGCCUGUCUUCUCUGUUCUCAAGGACAAGGCAACACCUCCGCCUCAGGCUCGGGAUCAUAUUGAUCAUGGUGACGCUAAAGUGCUGGAGCCAGACUCCCCUCAGCUGCCUGGCAAGUCGAUACUUCCCUCAGCCCCCUCUUGGGCCGACACACCACCCUCCCCGAAGAAAGGUGACGAGGACAUGGAGCCAGGCAUCAGCUGCCCCAGUGCUGUGACCCCCUCAGCCAAGCCUGAGCCUAUGGCCCCAUCUGCUCAGCCACGGUCCUUUGGACGUAAACACAUCAGAGGCAGAAGGAGACUUGUGCACUCAGGUGGGGGAACAAGACAACAGCUGAGCUUGGAGAGGGAGGGGGAGAAAGAGGAGGAAGGAGCCCCCUCACCUCCACAGAAUCCCUGCAUGCCCCCCAGCAAAACUGUACUCUUUUCUGAUCCGAUGGACCUCACACACCAGGAGUGCAUCUUGAACGAGACACCUAAACCACUAGCAGACGGCUUUCGUUCUAGAAUGUGCACUCGCUCUUUCAAUGCACCUGAUUUGCCUCCUAAAGUUGAGCCUAAUGUGAAAAGAAAACCAGGGCCUAAACCAGGCUCAAAACCUGGGGCCAAAUCGGGACCAAAGCCUGGUCCAAAGCCAGCAGCAAAGCCAAGUCAAAAACCAGGUCCCAAACAUGGUUUAAAAUCUGGACCUAAACCUGGGCUAAAGCCUGGAUCUAAACCAUGCCCCAAACCAGGUCUAAAACCUGUCCCAAAUGUUGAUGAGUCACCAGUGAAAGUCGAGUCCCCUGUAAAACGUAAAUCAGGCCCCAAACUAAGUUCAAAACCUGGGCCAAAACCUGGAUCCAAAUCUGGACAAAAACCCAUUCCAAAACCAGCACUGAAGCAAGGUCCAAAAGCAGGGUCAAAGCCAGCAGACAUUCUUCCCCCUUCUGAUGUUAUGCCCUCCAAAGCUCCAGUAGGUCGCCCCAAAGGCUCACUUUCUAAAGCAAAGUUGAUACAAAAGGAAGGAGCUAAUCAGCCUUUGACAGGAUUGCAAGGUAGAGGCAGGAAGAGCUCAAAACCAACUCUGUCAGAAAUAAACCCAGAGGUAAAACAAGUAUAUCUAGAAGAAAAACAAGAAGAUGAUGAAGUAAAAGAAUCGGUAAAGGAUACUAAGAAUAUGGUCUUGAGAUCCAGAAAGUCUUCACAGGAUAAGCUUUCACAAGAGAAAGUUAAGGUCAUCCCCGAGAAGGAUAUAGUACCCCAGAGUUUGACAGAAUUAAAAGCCAGUGAGGUUCCUCUAAAAGCAGAAGAGUCUCCAGUAAAAGAACAGAAUCUCUCUAUCUUUCCUUCUUCAGACAAAAACACAGAUAUGUCAACUGCUCCUCCUGCCCUGCUUGUCCAACCUGCCCCUGACCAACAUCAAGAAAACACAAUACUUCCACUAAAACGAAAACCCAGCCCAGGACCACCUCUAAUACCAGUUAAGAAAAAAAGAGGCCCGAAGCCCAAACCAAAACAAUCACCUUCAGAAAGUCCACUGGAAGAACAGACAUCAUCCAAAUCCAUGGACAGGGGUGUUCCCGGGCCCAAAAGAAAGCGAGGGCCACCUAAAAAAGCCUCUGUGGGCAUUCCCCUAACCAAAGAGACACUUCCAACCGUGGGUGAAACAGACAUCAUCAGUGAUGUGCCAGCUGCUGCGCCCCCCCAGUGCCCCACUAAAACAAAAGUCCUCCCACCACGCAAAGGCAGAGGGCAGAAAUACGAGGCUAUGGUGCAGAAAAUUACAUCUCCUAGUUCAAAGAAACACCUACUGACCCCCCAGGCAGAAAACCCUCUAACCGGCGACACAACAUCCAAGGCUUUGUCUCAGUAUGUCUUGAAAGAGAGUGAGAUAGCUAUGGCAAAUAGUAGCACCAAUGUGAAACAGAGAGCGGGGAAAAUAGCCGAAGCUAGACAGGAAGAGGGAGUGAGACAAGCGGAAGGGGGAAUGAGAAAAGAGGGUGCAACACAAAACAGGGAAAGACAGGAACUGAGACAACAAGCAUCACAACUGGAGGGGGUUAGACAACAGGUGAGGGGAGAGGCAGGUAGGCAGGAAGAGAUAAGAAAGGAAAACAUUGAACUGAAAGGGGCGAGACAGGGGGAGACAAUAGACAGCCAAGGUCCACAGGAAGAAGCAGCGAGUGACGUGGUUUGGAAUUCGUCGGGCACCCAGAUGGAGGCAGCAGCUCAGCCAGAGUGGAUACAACAGGCCUUGGCAGGGGUAUCAGUCUCAGCUGAAGCCACCAAGCCCAGCAAAUCCAAGAGGAAGAGAUGGGCCAUGGUGGAGAGUACAGACGCCUCCAUAGUAGCUUUGGAAACAGGGAGCCUGAUAGUUACGACGCCACGGCUAGCCAAGCAGAGGGCUAUCAAAAACAACCAUGAGAUGCACCUGAAGCAGAGGAGGAAGAAGAAAAAAGAUCAGGGCUCUACAGAGGAAACAGAGGCAGCUGUGGAAACACAUAUCGAAACAGCAAUACAACAACAAAACCAGGAAGAGGUGGAAAUAUCCGCCACGGAGCCCCAUAUCCCUUUCCCAAUCAGCCCAGGUGAAAUCACUGAGGUCCCCCAGGUUACAAGCACAGAACCUAUACAGAAGCCCCGGAGAGGCAGAAAACCUUCAGCAAACCCCGCCAAGAGGAGACGAGGCAGGGCACCGGCAGAGCAGCUGCCUGGCAAGCCCGUGAAGGUGCACAAAAAACCAGGGCCGAAGCCUGGUAUGAAAGACGCCAUCGAGGUCAUCGAGGCGGUGGUGAGAGCAGCAGGAUGCGAACAGUCAGAGAAAGAGGAGAGAGAAAAGGAUGAAAGGGAAAGAGAAAAAGGGAAGAAAGGUGUUGUGGGUCCUGUUGUGACAAUAUCGGAGAAACAGACUGAGACCAUUUCUGUGAAAAGGAUCAAACCAAGAUCCCUCCAGAGGGAUAUCAAGCUGUCCUUCCGUCCAUAUGUGCAAAUCAACAGCUCUAGAGACUUUCACUCAUGGUGUACUAUCGUCAACAGGCCUGAGGAGGCAACGCUUCUUCAGAAACGUAGGAAAAAGACACUGGCCAAAAUGAGAAAUCCCAUCACUGCUGCUAAAGUAGUACCGUACACCAUGGUGAUGCUACAGGGACCCAUAGUUCACACGAACCUAACGGACAGGGGUCUUACGUGUUGCCUGUGCGGAAAGCCAGCAAAUUACAGAGAUCUGGGGGAUUUGUGUGGACCCUACUACACAGAGGACAGCAUCCCACGGAAACUUCUGUCAGUCGCACACACGAAAUGUUUCAGGGAAAUCCCAGACAGGGCCACCAAUUGUAGCAGCAACGGCUGUGAGGAGCCAGUCAGGUCCUCAAAGGACGAAGAGCAGGGUAACGCUGAAAAGGAGUGCAGUACAGAAGUGUCCCCUCAAGAGGGCAGUAGCGGGGGCUGCCAUCACUGGCGUCACAGGCGGGCCGAACGGAUAGAAAAAGCCGGUCGUGAGGGCGGGCCCCGGAGGCUGACGCUCCGAGAGAGGUUCAGGAGGAUGAGGCAGCUUCAGGCCGCACAAAGCAACCCCACAGGGGCCUCUGGCGACCGAGACAGCGGCGGCAGCUUGCUUCAGAGGCUACAGACAGAAGCGGAGGCUAAGGAACACUGGGCCCACGAAAACUGCGCCAUAUGGACCAAGGGGGUGAUCAUGGUGGCUGGAAGACUGUAUGGUCUAAAGGAGGCUGCCAGAAGCUCGGCCCAAACGAGCUGCUACAAGUGCCAGAUCACGGGGGCGUCCCUCAGCUGCUGUUGGAGAGGCUGCACUCACAAAUACCACUACGUCUGCGCCAAAGAGAUAGGCUGCACGUUCCAUGAGGACGACUUCUCCGUCAAAUGUCCCAAACACGAGGUAAGCAAAUGA